AUGGCUUGUGCGGCUAGCUUGAUAAUGAAGAGUGACAAAUUGGCUGUGACUUCUGAAGAAAUUCCUCCAACGAGAAAGUGCUCGCAGUCGCUUUAUUCUUUCGUCAAAAAUUGUAUGGAAGGUCAUGAGACAAUCGGUACUGGUACGGAUGAAGCUGCUGGGACUCCAGCUAAGAAACUAGCCGUACAUGGUUCCGACGCUAUAGCACAAUUGGCAAUCGCUUUCCUGGAGACGGUCACCAGUCAAGAAGAUGUGAUGGUGCGACAAAUCAACGAUCGCCUUACCAGACAUUUGGCUGUAACGGGAAGUUAA